GGUCGUGUCGCUCCCGGUUCCGGCAGAUCUACGAGCGUAACAAAACUUUUGCGAAUGUCUCGAAUCUAAAUUUAUUUGUGAACUUAAAUGGAUGUUCAUGCGGUGUUAAUAUGUGAUUCUAUUUGUUAGUGACAGUGAAGGAUAAAUGAGCGGUAUUAAGUGACAAAAUGGCGUCUGUGUGAACAAGAUGGCGGACUGUUUUGGCGGGAAACUGAUGGUGAUGCUAUUGCUCACCUUCAAGUGCUCCUGCCUACGGACGCGAGCCCUGACUAAUGAAGAUUCUGUGGACUUUGUUCCAGUGUCGACGACGGAGGUGGAAGGCGUGGUCGGACGCCGUGCGCUGCUGCCCUGUGACGUGGAGCCUGACCUGCACGAGGACCGCGUCUACAUGGUGCUGUGGUUCCGGCACGCAGGGGGCAAGCCACUCUACAGCUUUGACGUGCGCGGGCGCAGCUUCCACAAGGCGCUCCAUUGGUCGGAUCCGCUUGCGUUCGGGGCGCGUGCGCACUUCGUAAGCACAUCUCGACCCGCCAGCCUCGCAGUGGACGCCGUACAGCUGGACGAUGAGGGGAUAUACCGCUGCCGGGUGGACUUCAAGAACUCACCCACGCGCAACUUCCAGAUACGACUCAAAGUUAUUGUGCCGCCGCACCAACUACUGCUGUACGACGAGGGCGGGCGUGACGUAGCAGGCGUGGUGGGACCACUCGAAGAGCACGGGAACUUUACGCUGCUGUGUGAACUCAGGGGCGGCCGGCCUCAGCCUACGCUGUCGUGGUUGAUGAACGAGUCCCCGCUGCCGCACGUGGUGCUCAAACACGAGCCGGCACUGGUCGUGAGCCGCGUCAGUGUGACUGGCGUGCAGCGAGCCUGGCUCAACCGCACGGUGCGGUGCCGCGCACGCAACACAGCGCUUCUGUCGCCGCACGAGCGGAGCGCGCGCAUUGAGAUCAACUUGCGGCCCACAUCCGUCUCCAUACUGGAGAAGCCAGUGAAGCUGUCAGCAGAUACAGAAGUGACCCUGGAGUGUGUCGCGCACGGCAGUAGACCGGCAGCUCAGAUAUCCUGGUAUCGAGAGAACCGCCGGUACACCAGGGGAAAGCACAGUGAGUUCAUCAACGAGACUUCUUCGAUCAGCAAGCUGAGCAUGAUGCCGCAACCGGAGGAUGAUGGAGCCACCAUCAGGUGCCGAGCUGACAACCCGGUGCUGAGGGUAGCUCUCGAAGACUCCUUCAGAAUGAGCGUAGUUUACAAACCCGUGGUGAGCAUGACUCUGGGCAGCACGUUGAACGCCAACGACAUCAAGGAAGGUGACGACGUGUACUUCGAGUGUAACAUCCGGGCAAACCCCAAGGAGCACCGUAUCACCUGGUACCACAACGAGCAACAAGUAAUCCAAAACGUAACUGGUGGCGUCUUCAUCAGCACUAAGUCACUUGUAAUGCAGAGGGUAAGCAGGAACGAUGGAGGUCUGUACUCCUGCAGCGCUGCAAACCACAGAGGAGAGACCAGCAGUCAGCCGGUCUACUUAAGAGUUCAGUACGCGCCCAUUUGUGUACAACCAACGCCCGUGGUGAUCGGAGCGCGGCUGGACGAGGCGCUGCGGGUGCGAUGCCUGGUCUCUGCCGACCCAGCUGACCUCACCUUCUCCUGGCAGUUCAACAACAGCGGAGAGAGCUUUCAGGUCUCACCAGCCAGAUACGCUCGGCCGUCACCGCCCCGCAACUGCAGUGCCAGCCGCGUGAUGCACGAGCAGCGCUGGUGGAUGUCGGUUCGUUGCAUAGCUGGCUACGAUGGUGGGCUGGCGCAGCACUUUACCUUGGAUGCCGUUGGCGCCACACCGCGCGCCUUGGCCAAUACCACCGCCUCCAACGAUCUGGUAGUAUGGCUGAACGUAAGCUGGGCGGACGUGGAGGGCAUAUCAGAAGACGAAAUACUCAGUAUCAGUGCCAGGAACAGCAAGGGAGCUUCUGAUCCUGUUCUCCUCACUGAACUGGUGUACAAAGACGCAGCAAAACAAACUGAGGAGACAGCUCGAGCAGUGUCGCGGUUCCCCGUGGUGGCCGCGUGUGGAGCAGUGGCUGCCGUGCUAGCGGCACUGGGCGCUGUGUUGGCGCUGCUACUCAAGAAGCGUCACGAGUCGUCAGGUAGCUCCAAGCGUCCGCGGCCUUGUCAGAGCGUGGUUCAGGUGGACGACCAGGGUCGGCUGCGACGCUGCCUGGUGCCGCAUUCCGUGCCCUCCCCGCAUACCAAGCCCGACAUCCUCAACCCCAAGCAUGAAGGUGAUCCCCCGCGAGUAGUGCUGGAGUCGGAUGACAGCAAGGUGUACAACGUCAAGGAGGUGACAGGUGCUGGCGAUAGCACCACCUACAUGUCACCCGCAAAUGAAGAUGAAAUGAUGCCGCAGAGAUAACGGUUACCAGCGCACACUACGUGGUUUGUGUAAAUAUUUCAUCAAAUAUCUCACGUGAACGCCCGUACUGUAGAAACUCCCAACUGAACUAAAUCUUAAUUACUGUGAUUAUAAUCUUUGUAUGAAACACACUCAACGUAAAAGCGUAAAUAACUAAAAAUACUUUAGAAAAUCCGUUUUAUUAGAUUAAGAUGAUCAUAAAAGAUGAAUUCUAUAGGACAAGCUGACAUCAGCUAGUAUGUAGACCUCGUGAAAUUCUCAAAGGUGAAAGUUAAAGGGAGAUGAAAAGUAAAUAAUUUUCAUGAAGAUACAAAGUUUGAAUCAGAUUUGGAUCUAGCAGAUAACCGUUGCAACUCCGAAACUGAACAGUAUUUUCUAACUGAUAAAUUUCAGUUUCUACUAGUUCGAGAGAGUAGUGUAGUACAAUUACGAAGCAUAUUCAGAAAAUUUAAUGUUAUAAUAUCACGCUGGUAAAUUUGCUGAUGUUAAAAUAGUAAAACGUGAACUGUAAAACAGUCCGUCUGUUGAUAACGUUUCAUUGCCAAUGUACAUAAGUGAUUUUUAUAUGCCAAAUUUAUAUUUGUUUUGUUACGGCUCAAACUAAAUUCUCUGAUUACAAAUGGUUGCUAUGACAUGUGCUAUAAUUGAUUGUGUUAUUUAUGAUGGUAAUACAAUAUCCUGUCCAUUACUACGCAGUGGUGCCCAGGAUUCUUGAAACACCCAAAUACCGAGUGACAUCGCAAUUGCGUUGGUCACUUUGAGACUUUUAUUUCACCAGGACACCACGGUGGCGCAACCAGUCGCCACUACCAACAAUAUGUUUGGUAAAAGCAUUUAUUUUCUCAUAAUUGAUUCGUUUAGAAUUCUUUUUGAUGUAAUUUCCAAUAUACUUGACACUACUACCGCUUCGGAAGCAAAUGGCGCAAUGAGAGGAAGAAACGGCACAAGAAACUCUCCCAGCAUUCUUUUUUUGUGCUCUUUUUAAUAAAAAUAUACAAUAUUGUACUGUCAUUGCUAUUGCUAUAAAAUAAUCAUAAGCUAGUCCCAGGCUGUCCGAUCGCUUAGAUAUUCAGCUGUGGAGUAGUAGAAUUGACGACAGAGCAAUUUUUUAAUAAAACAUUUAAAUUUAUUUAUAGAUAAUACCUGAGCAGUGGCUGCGACUUAAUUAUAAAAGUUUAUACAUUUAAGCUUAAGAACAUCACGGUGUUGCGACUGGUUGCUCCACUGUGGUGUCCCGGUGAAAUAUAGGCCUUAAGAUGUUAAGUUGGCAUCUCACUAACCCAGUAAUUUCACUAGCUACGUUGCCCUUUCAACCUAAACACAAUAACCCUUGUACCGUAAUUAUUGACGGCAGAUAAAGAUGCCGUUAUUUUACAUGUGGUAAUAAUCUGCAAUGGUGAUUUUACUGGUCUAUCUGCAGCUCUGACUAUUGUAUAAUUAUUAGUAGUCGAACCUCCUAAGUUAUAUGUACAUAUGACAAUGUACAUUUCGA